AUGUCUUCAUCCACUUUUGAAGCCUUUGAGGACAACCUCUGCCUUACAGGUCAUGCCAACUAUCGUGAGUGGGCUAAACGCUUCCGGCACGACUGCGUGUCUCGGUGCAUAUGGAGACUCUUCAUCGCCGAAGACAUUACCUCGAAACCUGGACGCAUUGUAGGAGACUGCAAGAAUCCCCGCGCAGCGUCGGUCGACAAGACAGCUACUCGGAACAAUCGACGUACCCGAAUGUUACCAAGGACGCAAGCACAAUACCGGGCUGAACGCACCCUGUCAUACCUCCAUGAUCGAGUCGAUCCAGCCAUUCGCCGCAAGAUCCAAGCAUUCAAGAAGCCCAGCGAGGCCUGGUCCUAUCUGAAGAGAAAGUACCGGAAGCCGGAACCCAACCGUCUCGAAAUCGCGCAGAAGCAAAUGGAAGAGCUUGAUCCCAGUGCUUGUGCAUCGCUGGCCGAUUUUCUGACCCAAUUCACACACUGUCGUAACGCGAUCGCCACGGCUGGAGGACAUUUCCUGGAGUCUCAAUCCAAACUGAAGAUCAUCUCGGGUCUCAAGCCGGAACACGUCGCGCGCCUCAACCGGGAAAUCACCUUCGCCGACAUUAGCAGGAUGUCCCUCGAAGAAUUCACGGAUCUGCUGACGGCAUAUGAAGCAGACGAUUGAUGGGAAAGCCGGCGCCGCACAACUUGACGAGAUAUUCUCCAUGACAAGAACGUUGCUGAGGAAGGGGCCGCUCCUCGCACUCGAGCCAUCAAGAGCGAUUUCAACAGCGAAGAGCAACUGAUCAAGAGCAGACGAAUCAGCGUCACAACUUGAGCUAGACAACACCAAAGCCAAACAAUGUGCCCCCGAACUCCAUGGAUUUAUGGGCUACGGCGAUAAAGGGGAACGCAGCAGAACAAGGGAGGAGAAUCGAUUCGAGCGAGCUGACAAGACCUGAGGCGAGACGAGACAGAUGCUUCCACGCUGGAUAGACACAUUGGCUGCUUACAGGGCUGGGGCGAGACAAGACAGAUGCUCCCACGCUGGAUAAACACAACGAC